AUGGAAAUCCGUGCCAAUUCUGUACUUAUCCCCCCACAAACAACAACUUAUUAUUGCAGUAUUAUUGAAUUGCCCUAUGAAUUGAAGCAAACAAAGCAUCACGCAAUUAAGUAUGAAGCAGUAAUAACUCCUGGAAAUGAACAGUUUGUUCACCAUUUUGAAGUAUUUCAUUGUCAAACCCCUACAAGACCUUUUGCUGGCGAUUGCUCCACUGCAAAACCUACAGAGGCUAAAAGUUGUUCUAAAGUUUUGGCUGCUUGGUCAAUGGGGGCGAAUGUUUUUUUAAUUAAAUUUUCAAUACUCCCCUUCCCUUAUAAGCCUGUCGUCUUUCCCCCACAAGCAGGAAUGCCGUUGGGAGGUCCUGGCUUCAUCCCUUUUUUAAUGGUGGAAAUACACUACAACAAUCCUGCACUUCUCACUGGCUAUACUGACAGUUCUGGACUUAGAAUAACCUUCACGAAGCAUUUGAGACCUUUUGACGCUGGAAUAAUGGAGUUGGGGCUGAUAUAUUCUGAUGCAAACUCUGUCCCUCCAAUGCAAAAAGCAUGGCCGCUUACGGGCUAUUGUCCGUCUGAAUUUACCCUCCAACGGCAUUUAUAUUUUUGCCUCACAACUUCACGCACACCUAACAGGGCGCAAACUUUUUACUUCACUCAUAAGAAACGGAAGGAAGAUUGGUGAAAUAAAUAGAGACGAGCAUUAUUCACCUCAUUGGCAACAUAUUCAGCCAUUGGAGCCACACAUAAAUGUGCUUC